AUGUCGGUGGGCUCCCAGGGCAUCGACGUUGAUUGGGGUCGGCAGAGGUGCUGGGUCAGGCUGAUGGGCCAGACCUGCACCCUUUUCGACUUCAACUUCGGCACGACGGACCUCGAUUGGCCGGAGCCACUGAAAACGGUGGUUGGCUUUGGCAUCCUACCCGUGAAGGCCAUGAUCAACAUGGGGAAGGAGAUGCUUUCCUGCAGCAACUUCGAUGAUCCGGUAGAGAUGAUCAAGUGCUUCGGCUUAAAGCUCAUCGAGAUCGUCCCUCCAUUGAGCACGCUGAAUCGCCUGAGCGACAUGCUCACCCAGUUUAUUGAGGUCUUUGCGCAAAUUGCCGCAACAGUCGUCAAGCAGGUUGUGACGGCGAUGGAUAGGCUGCUGGAGUAUACGGCGGGUGGAAGGGAUGGCUGUUGGUGGGGCCUAUUUGUGCUGGAGGCCUCGCAGUCCAAGUUUCCUGCGGCCGGGGAUGCGCCGGUGAUCCACCACUCCGGCAGGAACCUGGUGAUCAAGACCCACUCGCAGCAUCCGAAGAAGCGGACCCGAUCCAAGCUGCCCCGCCAUGAGAUGUCUGCGGUGCAGGUGCAGGCCAAGGGUGAUGACGACGAUGGCGGCGGUGCGACGGGUGCCAUCAACUUCGCGGUACACGACCAGGAGGGUAACUACGUGACAAAGCUGAUCACGCAGUUCAACGGUAAGGAGACGGACACCAGCUCGUGCCUGGCUUUCGCACCGAAAAACAAGCACGGAAGCCAGAACCAGGCAACGGAGGCGGAUUGGCAGGUCAACACCGAGGGCGAUUUCAUCCAGCUGGAGCCGUGGGCAGUGCCCUGUGACAAUUCGUGGAUGAAGGACCACUGGAACAAGUGGCAAGGCUACUCCUUCUACACCUGGGAGAUGUCCGUUGAGAAGUGCGUGACUGUGAGCUUCUCGCUGUCCAUGCAACCGGUGCUCUCUUUCGUUGGAGGCUUGGAGUUCGAUCUGAUGCCAGCGCCGCUAGCAGCCCUGGACACCACAGUUUGCUGGCCCGACAAGCAGCCAGGGGGAGUGGACCUGAGCGUGUUGCGCUCGGAGAUUCGCUCCGGAGGCAUUCUCCUCUUCAGCAGGACGCUGCGCUUGACCAAGCGCUUCGGCGGAAGCACGGACUUCACGAACUCGAACACGUUCGGUGCGCACGAGACCUGGCGCAACCCCAUUGGCAUCGCCGUGGGCGAGCAUUCGGUUGAGGACGAUCGGACCCUGGAGCCGAUGGACAGGACCGCCAGCUUCUUGCAGUCCAACCGCACCGAGAAGGCCAAUGCCUCCGAGGAAAGCCAGAGCUCGUUGGUUUGGGAGACGGACAUGGAGGAAUUCCACCUGGCAUCCGUCGACUACGGCAAGGACCUGGGUGUCAAGAAGACUUCAGAGCAGCGGGGGCGAGAAGCCUUCAGCACUUUGCAGCAAAAGGCUUCCUCAUCGGACUACUUCCAGCUGUUCAGCUUCAAGAAUCCCGGGACGGUGAACUUUGAAAUUCAGGGCCUUCUGGAGGACAACAAGCUGGAGCUGGGAAUGAAG